GGACCUCUGAGAAAGCUCAGGGGCUUCUCAUUACUGUCAUGUUAGGAGUAACUUGGCGAGUCAUGUUAACGGUGUGAUUGCCGCAGAUCGGGAGUAUAAAUAGUGCAUGAUCGCCGCAGGAGUGGGAUAUAAACCUGGAUCGAUCAGCUGACACGCAUCCUCCCGGCUCAGAGACUCACGUGUGAUGCGUUUUUGAGGGUCUUCUCGUCGUUUUUACCUGUGGUCACAUCUAGAGAAGUGGAGUUUGACUGCUAGCGCACAGAAAUAUCCUACUUUUAAAAAAAAAAAAAAGAAAGAAAGAAAGAAGGAAAAAAGAAAGAAAAAGAAAACUUCGCCACUUGUUGAUUUGUGUUCCGCUCUGGAGAUGUGGUGGAUGCUGUUUCCACGGUGGAUCUGGUUCCUGGCGUGUGUGUCAGUGUGGAUGGAGCACCAGAUCGGAGUUAUGCCUCAUAUCACCUAUUCUCACGCCGGGAUCUGCCCCAAUGACAUGAACCCCAACCUGUGGGUGGAUGCAAUGAGCACCUGCACAAGAGAGUGUGAAUCUGAUCAGGAGUGUGAGUCGUUUGAGAAGUGUUGCCAAAAUGUUUGUGGGAACCGGAGUUGUGUGGCAGCCCGUUACGUGGACAGGACGAAAGGUACGGUGGGAAUGCCCAAGGAGGCCACCUGCACCAGUUUCAUGUGCCCUCAGCAGGGGUCCGAGUGCGACAUCUGGGACGGCCAGCCGGUGUGCAAGUGCCGGGACCGCUGCGAGAGGGAGCCGCACUUCACCUGCGCCUCCGACGGCAUGACCUACUACAACAAGUGCUACAUGGAUGCAGAGGCGUGCUCCAAGGGCAUCACCCUGUCUGUCGUCACCUGCCGCUUCCACCUCACCUGGCCCAACACCAGCCCUUCCCUGCCCCAGGCGACCACUCUCCGUCCUACCACCGCUCCCCUGCAGGCGACUAUCCCGCCUCCCACUGAGCCUCAGCCUCCCGUCGUGAUCAGCAGCCCUGCUCACCAGACCAUAAACGUGGGUGACACAGCCAGCUUCCUGUGUGACGUGGCGGGUCGACCCCGGCCCGAGAUCACCUGGGAGAAGCAGCUACCAGAUGGGGUGGAGAGGGUGGUCAUGAGGCCUAAUCACGUGCAAGGAAAUAUGGUGGUCACUAACAUUGGUCAGCUGGUGAUCUACAACGCCCAGCCGCAUGAUUCAGGUGUCUACACCUGCACGGCUCAGAACCCAUCUGGCUCAGUGCGGGCCAACCACCCACUCAUAGUGCUGCUCACAGAGCCGCCCAGGACCCCCAAGCCCAAGAAUGUGACUCUCUGCCUACCUGAAGAGUGUGUGAAACCCCCCGAUAACCCAGAGGACUGUGGGAGCGAGCUGGAGAGGGUCAGCUGGUACUAUGAGCCCAAGACCAACAACUGCUUUUCCUUCACCCACUGCCACAGCAGCAACCAGCAGCCCAGGAAGUUCGACACGUAUGAGGAGUGCAUGCAGUGCUGUGGCCCAGAGCUGUCGGGCCCCUGCGGGCUCCCCAGCCUGCAGGGCCCUUGUAAGGCAUACGAGCCACGCUGGGCUUAUAGCAGCAGCCUACGGCAGUGUCAGUCCUUCAUCUACGGAGGGUGUGAGGGCAACGACAACAACUUUGAAUCCAAAGAAGCCUGCGAGGAGAUGUGCCCCUACCCCAAAAACCACCACUGCAAGGCCUGCAAGCCCAGAGGUAAGAUGGUGACGAGCUUCUGCCGGAGCGACUUCGUCAUCCUGGGUCGCAUGACGGAGCUGACAGAGGAGAAGGACUCAGGCCAUGCCCUUGUAACUGUGGAGGAGAUCCUCAAGGAUGAGAAGAUGGGUUUACGUUUCUUUGGCAAGGAGCCUCUCGAGGUCACCUUCCUCAACAUGGACUGGAACUGCCCGUGCCCCAACAUCACAGGCGCGGCCGCUGAGGGACAGGUCAUCAUCAUGGGCAAUGCAAAUGACGGGAUGGCCGUCCUGCAGCCGGAGAGCUACGUGGGUGCCUCCAGCCCUCGCAGAGUACGGAAACUGAGAGAGGUUAUCUCAAAGAACACAUGUGAUAUUCUCAAAGCGAUCACCAACAGCCCUCAGUAGGGUUACUGGUUUUGUGUUGUGAUCUGUACAUGAUUCAACUGUUGGGCUUUCGAGCGUUAAUUGUGGUAAUGUUUUAAAUGUUAGGACCGGCCUUGCUACGUUUAAAAGUCCGUUUUCGAAAGGUUUUCCAAAAGUCGUGCGACAUGUGAACGUCUUUUCGUGUGGUCUUUUUCGCAGCGAUAGCUUUUCUGCUAUCGGCGUUGUUGAUUGAAAUACCAUGAGACAUCCAUCACGAUCCCCUUGUUACCUGAAUCCCCCAGACUCUGACUUCCCUCAUGCCCCUCUCUUGCCUCCACCAGAAAUCGAGGUUGCAGACUCGCACUGAAGCACAAAACAGACACGAUCGAGUUUUAAUGUAAAUAAUUUAACUGUAACAGUUUUUUUUUUUUUUUCAGUUCUUUUAUUCGCCAUCCAUAUAACCACCUGGUACUUUUGCUACGUGAAAACACUCCAGUGUCGGUACAUUGACAGCAUAUUUCUCAGUUUUCAUGUUGUAUAAAUACACUCAUAUACAGUAGGUAGGUUUGGGUCAUCCAAAUGAAUGAGGUGUAAUAUAUUUUAUUAACCACUACAUUUUCUCACCAUCAGCCAUGUAUUUUUCAUCUACUUGCUCAUAC